AUGCUGGCCAACAACACCCUUCGUGUCGCCCGGACGGGUCUCCGCUCCGCCCCGCAGGUCCUCGGCCGCCGCACCAUGGUGACCAAGGAGGAGCGAUGGACCCACGAGACCGCGCGAAGCGCCGGCUCCUUCAUCGAGGGCCCCAACAAGCUCCAGCUCUCCCAGGUCGUCCCUAACAUCGAGGCCAGCUGGAAGAACCUUUCCAAGGAGGAGCAGUACGGCGUUUUCAGGCAGCUCGAGGAGCUCCAGCGAAAGGACUGGAAGGAGCUCAGCGUCGACGAGAAGAAGGCUGCCUACUUCGUUUCCUUUGGACCCCACGGACCCCGCAAGCCCAUCACCCAGCCCGGCCAGGGCGCCAAGACCCUUGGUGGUGUCAUCGGCCUCAUUGGCGCGACUGUCGGCCUCUUCUACUGGCUCCGAACCCUCGCCGCUGCCCCGCCCAGGACCAUGACCAAGGAGUGGCAGGAGGCCACCAACGAGAAGGCCAUCGAGGAGAAGCUCAACCCCAUCACCGGUAUCACGAGCGAAAACUACAAGGGACCUGGCUUCGUCCAAUCAGCGUAG